GCAGCAUGAAGCUGGUGCAGCACCCCAACGUGGUGCGCCUCUACCAGGUGCUGGAGACGCCGGCCCGGCUCUACCUGGUGCUGGAGCUGGGGGACGGCGGGGACAUGUUCGACCUCCUCAUGCGGCACCAGGGCGGCCUGGGGGAGCAGAGGGCCAAGCGCUACUUCGCCCAGAUCGUGCACGCCAUCUCCUACUGCCACCGGCUUCACGUCGUCCACCGGGACCUCAAGCCCGAGAACGUGCUCUUCUUCCAGGAGCAAGGGGUGGUCAAGCUCACCGACUUCGGCUUCAGCAGCUGCUUCCAGCCGGGCACCAUGCUAGCCACCAGCUGCGGCUCCCUCGCCUACUCGGCCCCCGAGAUCCUGCUGGGGGAGGAGUACGAUGCCCCUGCCGUGGAUGUCUGGAGUUUGGGUGUCAUCCUUUACAUGCUGGUGUGUGGACAUCCCCCUUUCCAGGAGGCCAACGACAGUGAGACCCUGACCAUGAUCCUAGACUGUCACUACGUGAUCCCAUCAGACAUCUCCCUCCUGUGUGCAGACCUUAUUGCCCAGAUGCUGCAGCGGGACCCCAAGCAAAGGGCCUCCUUGGAGCAGAUUGAAAGCCACCUGUGGCUACAGGGGGUGGACCCCUCUCCAGCCAGCCGCUGCCUUUUGCCUCUGACAUCACACAGGAGGGUUUCAGAGGAGGAGCAUGAGACCAUCAUCCAGACCAUGAUGUGUGGCCACAUUGCAGACCAAGAAACCAUACAGGAAGCCCUGGAGGCCAAGCGCUACAAUCACGUCACCGCCACCUACUUUCUGCUGGCUGAAAGGAUUCUGCGGGAGAAGCAGGAGAAGCAGAACCGGGCCGAGCACAUCCAGAGCAGAAGCCCAUUGGGGGAUUCCCGUCCCCCUCUGCCCACGGAGUUGCAGCCUGUCACCCAGAAUGCUUUGGAGCGUGCUGGGAAGCCUCUCCUGUCCCUCUCAGCCCUGGGUGAAGGCAAGUCCUCUUCUGGGUUCCAUGCAUGUGGGCAGCCUCUCCGAGCCCUCAUCCAGCCCUCCCUCGUGGAGACGGCCAUCGCCAAGAGCACCCUUGCCUUGCAGCAGAUUUCAGAGGAAGAGGAGGAGGAGGAGGAGGUGACGGUGGCCGAAGAGAAGCCGGGCCUCUUCCGAAGGCGGACCUCCUCUCUGGACCAAGAGCAGAUGUGCCGCUUCCAGAGCACCAAGGCCUCCCUGCUGCUCUGCCGGGCCCUGGCAGCCCAGUACAAAGCAGGGAAGAGCCUUGUCCCUGCCAGUGUCAAGUCCUCCUCCCUGGAACAAGGGCCGGGGACUACUCUGGCGGGUCCCCAGGAGCACAUGUUCCUGAGAAGCGAGCCGGGGUCAGGCCAAGCCCCACGGAUGAAGGAGACGCGCAGCAGCCUCAGCUUGCAAGGGGGGGAAAGGUCUGCCGAAUCCCCAGUGGAAGUCGCCCCGCCAGGCAGCCCAGGAGGGGGCACGGGCAGAACAGUGGUGGAGGCGGGCAGAAUUGAGCACUGCUUAGCAGAGGAAGCAGACAAGAGCAGCGUUCCACUGAUAGGAGGAGACCCUGUUGAGGAGGAACUCUUGGAGGCUGAGGAGGGGAGCUACCUGCUUCAGAGCAGCGCAGCUCUUUUCCAGAGCAGCUGUACCCCAAGAACCAUCAGGGCCGACACGGUGCCGGAUGCAGAAGGCAAGGGCCUUGAGCUGGGGCCACCCCACUGGGCCAAAACCUGUUGCGAGGGCCAGAGCAACGGCAGUGGCCACGAUGGCCUAGCAGACAGCAUUAUCAAGCUUGACCCAGCAAAAGGCAAGAACGCUAACCUGAAAGAUCGGCUCCUGCAGUUUCCGCUCUGUGAAAAGGCCUUGGCCUUCCGGAUGCAGCCCACCUCCAGGGAGAAUCUUCUGUCCUUGGGACAGUUCAACUGCUGCCAUGUCAUCUAGGUCUUUCAAGAGAGACCUAGCUAAGAGGACAAAGAUGGAAAUCUGGGGGAGUGCAAGGCAACAGCCGGCGUCAAAUUUCCAAGGGCCUUUGCUCGUCCUUAUGAAUGGCUGCCUGUAUCCACUCUCAGGAUGGGUGCUUGCCUGUGUGAGAAUCCCAAACCAAACAGGUCCCAGUUUCCACACAGCACCU